UCAGAUAUACACAUCCAUAAACAGGUGUGUGAGAUCAUUGAGAGCCCCCUCUUCCUCAAACUCAACCCGAUGACCAAACACACCGACCUUCCUGUUAGUGUUUAUGAAUCAGUGAUAGACAUCAUCAGUGGAGAGGCCACCAUGUUGUUUGCUGAGCUGACUUACACCUUAGCCACAGAGGAAGCAGAGAGGAUCGGUGUCGACCAUGUGGCUCGAAUGACAGCCACCGGAACUGGAGAAAACUCCACUGUGGCUGAACACCUUAUCGCCCAGCACAGCGCUAUAAAGAUGCUCCACAGCCGAGUAAAGAUCAUUUUAGAGUACGUCAAAGCCGUCGAAGCAGGAGAGGUGCCGUUCAACCAUGAGAUCCUGCGAGAAGCAAACGCCCUUUGCCACAGACUGCCAGUCCUUAGCACCAUUAAAUUCAAAACCGACUUCUAUGAUCAAUGUAACGAUGUGGGCCUCAUGGCCUACUUAGGCACCAUCACCAAGACCUGCAACAGUAUGAACCAGUUCAUCAACAAGUUCAACGUUCUGUACGACAGGCAGGGCAUCGGCCGGAGGAUGAGAGGACUCUUCUUUUGAGCUGACGAAGCGAUGGGGGAGGGGGGCUAACGCACUAUUUUUUGUUCUCUGUUUGUGAUCUGAUCAGAUAAAAAAAAAAAA